GUACCUGGUGUGUCAGUGCCUGGUGUGUCAGGGCGAGUGUGUCAGGCCGGACGAGCUGUCCAGUGAAGGUGGGAGCGGGUGUCUGUGCGACAUGGUGACACUGACUCUGUCUCUGCUCUGCCUCUGUGUGUCUCUGACUUACGGCAGCAUUCCAGUGAGCCUCGAUGGAGCCAUCAGUGAUCGAUCCGGUGACAUGGUGGCAGAUGACCGGGUCGCAAUCAAUGAAGUGUGCGGUCUGCCGGCCAGCCUGAGUCGCCGGGUGGUGGGUGGUGAGGAGGCUGUGCGCGGCUCGUGGCCCUGGCAGGCGGGCCUCGUCACCAAGACCGGCACCCGGUACGCCCUGUACUGCGGCGGUACACUCAUCAGCAGUCGACUGGUGGUCACCGCCGCGCACUGCACCAUCAUGUUUCUGCAGGGAAUGGCCCGACCGCGUGCCCUGCGCGCCGCCGAAGUACGCGUCCUCCUCGGUGCACAUAAUGUCACCGACCCGAGCGACGGAUUCUGGGUGCACGACGUGACCGAAAUCCACCGGCACCCGCGCUUCGACUACGCCACCAUCGACAACGACAUCGCGCUGCUGCGCCUGCAGCAGCCGGUCGAGUUCGGGCCGCGAGUCAGUCCCGCCUGUCUGCCCGACACAGAGACGGUCUACGCGGGCCGCUGGGCCACGGUGACCGGCUGGGGCUCCACCGCCUACCAGGGCCGGCCCAGCGCCGUACUGCGCGAGGUCCACGUGCCGCUAAUGUCCAGCGCUCAGUGCAGGCGCACUACAUACGGCAGCAUCAUCACCCGCAACAUGAUCUGCGCGGGCCUGCCGGCCGGCGGACGCGACUCCUGUCAGGGCGACUCGGGCGGCCCGCUGGUCGUUCGCCACGCCCACCGCUGGCGACUGGUGGGCGUGGUCAGUUUCGGCUUCCAGUGCGCCACCGCCGGCUACCCGGGCGUCUACACGCGCGUCCAGAACUACGUCGACUGGAUCAACUGGCACAUCGACAACGAGAUCCGCGGCUGACCAGCCACUGACUCCCCUGUGUUCAAAGGAAUAUCCCGUGACGGGUUGUACUCGUAUGUACUUGCCGAACUUAUUUCCUCUUAUGAAAGGAUUCAAUUUAAAGAACACCCAUCUGAAAUAGUUACAAUCAAUAAUAAAUCCGGUACUUUUCAAUGCUUUGGAGCCACCAAGUGGUUUAGUGCGAUGCGUAAUGGUAACUUAUCUUCAGUAAACUUUAAUAGCAUUUUAAAUACAGGGAAUAAUCGCUUGGCCUAUUAUUACGAAAGCAUCAACAUCAAUUAAACCCGAGCUCGUAAUUCGUGAAUUAUAAUGUAGAUUAGCAGUUGCAAAAGCUUAGAAUUCCGAACCUUAGCUCCUAGUUUAACUCAAUCUCUUUACGCCUACACCGACGAUAAAAUGACGAAUGGAUUAAGAACAUGUUGAAGAAGCUCGUUGCAACAAAAAGUCUUCGGAGAAAUAAAAGAAGUGCGUU